AUCAGUCACCUGCCUGACCUAGCCCGAGGCUUCCUGAAAUCAGCAGAGUUCAAGCAGCUGCUAGUUGAAGUUGACGACAUGAGGUGUUGGCUUGAUGGACUCAAGAGUGUCAGAAUGAAAGACCAGGCCUCACUGAAGGACUCUUAUAAGAACAUCAUCGCUGAAAUCAGGGCUAUCCGCAGGGAGAUAAACAAUAUCCUAGACCAGGUUGAGAAGAAGACAGUUAAUGAGUUGGAUAGUUUGAUGAACGAUUUUGAGAAGAGUGUGAGAGAUGACUUAAACACGUGUGCCGAAAUGCAUGACCGACUCAAGACCAUGAAUGAUAAACUACAGCAUGUAACUGGAAGUCAAAAGGAGACUAAUUCUUACAUUGGAUUCAGAAAAUGCCAGACCAGGUUGAAUGAGGCAAGGAGUUUGGGGCAAGAAAUACAGCGAAGGCCAGAAGAAAAGUUCAGUUUCAAAUCGGACAAAAGUGUUUUACCAUUUCUGAGAAAUCUAAACAGCCUUGGAAAUUGUUAUAGUGUUAAUUCCAUGCCAAAUAAAACGGAUACUGUUCAUGUGUAUAAGGCACAGACUUCAGCUAGUUAUUCUGUUAAUAUAAAUAAGGAUAAAAGGGUAUGCCGUAUUGUAGGUAUAUAUGAGUUGCCUAGUGGAGAGGUGAUUAUUGCUGAUUUAAACAACGAGAGAGUAAAGCUUCUGGACAGGCAGUUCAAUGUCACUGAUCACUAUGAUCUUCCGGCUCGUGCACAGCACUUGUGUCACAUUGCUGGUGAGGAGAUUGCUGUUGCUGUUAGUGUUCAUGAUUUAGGUGAGGUUCAAUUUCUCACAGUGAGCAGAGGGCAUAUACAGGCAGGGAGAAAGUUCACCUUAGACCAUAAGUGCAACUCCAUCGCCCACCGCCAGGGCCAGUUAUAUGUCGUUUCCAGUUAUUCGCUUUACCAAUACAACAUGGAUGGACAAAUGAUUCGAAAAAUGUAUGACAUCAGCCCUUGUAACUUGCCAGGGCAGAGGUGUGCUGUUAGUUCUGAUGGUGAGAUAAUCUAUGUAAUUAAUAAUGCUAAACAUGAAUUGGUAACACUGAAUAAAGGUGGGCAAGUAUUAUCUACAUUAAGAGAUCCUGUCCUACAACAGCCAAGUGGACUAUGUGUCAGCACCAGUGGCCAUGUGUUCGUGUGUGGACAGGAGUCUGACACUGUGUUGCAGGUGGACCGAGAGGGUAGACAGAAGCUGGCUACAAUUGCCAGGAAUGCUAACGGUUUGAAUUCUCCUUGGUCAGUAUGCUUCAGUGAACAAACCUCUAGCCUCAUUGUUGGGAGUUUUUUCAGUAACAAGAUUAGUGUUGUCACGUUGUGUUGAAUUAUGCAUCGUAUUUUAAAACCAUUGUAUGUGAAUGUUUCUGUACGCAAAAUGAUGGGUUUAUCCAUAGCGUUUUUGUUGUUUCGGUUGUAUUAGUAUCGGUCCAUUUUCCAUUA